AUGUCCACCACAAAUGACGUCAAAGUCCCCUUCUUCAAGAAAGGCAAAUCACGACCAACAACCUCCCGCAAAAGAUCAGCCUCUCCGCCCCGUGUAUCAGCGCCAGUACCAUCUUCAUCUUCAUCCAAAUCCGAGGUCGUUCUUCCCCCCCGCAAACCAACUGGCAACCUUCUGAGCGCCGGCACCAAACGUACGGCUGCACAACGAAGGGAAGAUGAGAUGGACGAUCCAGACGCAGUGGAACGCGACGGUCCUGCUGUGAAAUGGACCGCAGCCGGGUCGCACACCAACGCAGCACUUGAGAUCCUAGCUGGCGACGAAGCUGCAGAGCUACUUGCCAAACGCCAAAAGAAGGAGAAAGCGGACAGAGGCGAAGAGGAAGAAGAAAUACCCGACGACGGAUUGUACAGAGGCCAAAAAGCUUAUCGAAGCCACCUGAAGAAAAGCCAGGAAGUACCUAAAGCCAUGCGUGUCGGUCCGCAGCGAGGUACUAGCACCAUUCGUACAGUCACCAUUGUCGAUUAUCAGCCCGAUGUUUGCAAAGACUACAAAGAAACGGGGUACUGCGGCUUUGGUGACACUUGCAAAUUCUUGCACGACCGUGGCACAUACCUUGCUGGUUGGCAAUUGGAUAAACUCGCCGAAACCCCGCGAAAACAAGUCGAGGAUGUGUCAGACUCUGAUUCAGACAAUGAGGACAUACCUUUUGCUUGUCUCAUCUGCCGCAAACCUUAUACAGAUCCAGUGGCUACGCGGUGCGGGCAUUAUUACUGUUCGGCAUGUGCAAUCAAGCGCUAUGCCAAAACUCCAAAAUGCUUAGCAUGCGGCGCCCCCACGGGGGGAAUAUUCAAUCGUGCCGACAAAAUCAUUGACAAACUAAACAAGAAACGCGCAGAAAAAGACGAUGAUCACGUCGAAGAUGACACCCCUGGGGUUGAAAUUGAGGGCUUGGUUGAUAACGGAAGCAGAGACAGUGACUCAGGUGAUGAUGAUGAUGAUUGA